AUGCUCUUCCCGCAGAAUGAUCUUCAGUGUCGGGAACAGAAAGAAAUUGCAAGUUACGAGGUCGGAGCUCAAGGCCGGUUGCUCGAGUACUUCGAAGCCCAGUUUCCUGAUUGUGUCCUGUGUUUUCUUCUGGAACCAACCAGUGCUGGUGUCAAACAUGUUUGUUGUAGUUGGGAGUCAUGGAGUCAAUGCAGCCGUUCAUGUGGUGGCGGCAGUCAAACUCGUUACGGAUAUUGUGGUAUUUGGUGGGGACGGCAUUCCGAGACGCAAAGUAGGACAUGCAAUGAAUUUUGCUACAAUAGCGGCUCCUUUUACGGGGGUCAUUGUCACUGCAGUGCUUGGAGAUCAGGAUCAUGUUGUCAAACUUGCAGACAUAUAAACAUUGCCCAAUGUAAACAUGGCAAACAAGACUGUGGCGGAAGUCCUGACAACAUAAAAUGUACAGAGUGCGAGAGAUACUACGUACCUGCAGGCUAUGGACAUGGAUGUAAGAGAUGCCAGCAUAAUUAUGUUGUCGAUAGGGGUGUACCAAAAUGUGCAUGCAAAGAUGGCUUUAAGCUCUCUUCAAAUGGAUAUUCAUGUUUUGAUGUAGAUGAAUGUGUCGUUGGCAACUCACAUUGUAACCAAAUAUGUUCAAAUACUGUUGGAUCCUUCAAAUGCUCCUGCAGACAAGGCUACACCCUCGAUUCUGACGGUCAAACAUGUUCUGAUAUAGACGAGUGCCUAACUGGAGUGGCAAAAUGUGAACAGAAAUGUAUCAACUUGCCGGGCUCCUAUAGUUGUUCUUGUCGUCCAGGAUUUACAUUAUUGCCCAAUGGCUCUUGUACAGAUAUAAAUGAAUGCAGCAGAAACAAUGGCGGUUGCAUGCAAAAUUGCGUAAACGAACCAGGAUCAUUCCAUUGUGAAUGCCGCGACGGAUUCAGACUGGAGUCACAACAAUUGUCAUGUGUCGGUAAAUAUAACUUUAAAGCACUUAACAUUGUCAGCUGGAGUGAUUGA